UCGUGUCAAAUAUUCAGAACAGGUGUAUGAUGCAUGUAUGGAAACAUUUGAUAGUCUUCCUCUUGCUGCCCUCUUAAACCAGCAGUUUCUCUGUAUACAUGGAGGAAUGUCACCUGAAAUUAAUAGUCUAGAUGACAUUAAGAAAUUAGACAGGUUUAUUGAACCUCCCGCCUUUGGGCCAGUGUGUGACCUGCUUUGGUCUGAUCCCUUAGAGGAUUAUGGCGAUGAGAACACCUCGGAGCACUAUAGCCACAACACUGUCCGAGGGUGCUCUUACUUUUUCAGUUACCCUGCAGUUUGUGAAUUUUUGCAGAACAACAAUUUAUUAUCAAUAAUUAGAGCCCAUGAAGCACAAGAUGCUGGGUACCGAAUGUAUAGGAAGACCCAAACAACCGGCUUUCCAUCCCUUAUCACAAUUUUCUCUGCUCCCAAUUACCUGGAUGUCUAUAACAAUAAAGCUGCAGUGUUGAAAUAUGAAAACAACGUCAUGAAUAUCAGGCAGUUUAACUGUUCUCCACACCCCUACUGGCUUCCAAACUUUAUGGAUGUUUUCACAUGGUCUUUGCCUUUUGUUGGAGAAAAAGUCACAGAGAUGCUAGUUAACAUUCUCAACAUAUGCUCUGAUGAUGAACUAAUUACUGAAGAUGAAGAAGGAAGCACUGCAGUUCGAAAAGAGAUCAUCAAGAAUAAAGUCAGAGCCAUUGGGAAGAUGGCACGGGUCUUUUCAAUUCUUCGGGAAGAGAGUGAGCGUGUGCUGACCCUCAAAGGCCUUACUUCCUCAGGCACACUCCCACUGGGUGUCCUCUCAGGAGGAAAGCAGACCAUUGAGACAGCCACAGAAGCCGCAGAGGCCCGGAAAGCCAUGAAAGGAUUUACUCCUCAGAAGAUUCGGAGUUUUGAAGAAGCCCGAGGUCUGGACCGAAUUAAUGAGAGAAUGCCACCUCGAAGAGAUAGGGGACGCCCAGGUGCGCCAGUGAAAUUAACCCCUGCACACCCAAAUGCUGAUCACAGGAGCGACCAGGAGAAGAAAGCCUAGUAAUGACUCACAGUCCUGUUGUGGCACAGAUGGAUCCCAAACCUACGAACAAAUUUUAUUUAUUUAUUUAUUAUAGAAAAAUGAAACUAAAACAAUUCAAACAAUGUAACAUGGAGGUGUAUUCAUAAUCCAGUCUGCAUUUAUCCUGUAAGAAAGUGACCGUGUUAUAAACUCUCUUAAUUUAUGCUCUGUGUAGAUAAAAAGGACAUCUGUUUUGUCUCUUUUUUCCCACCUAAUUUUUAGGAACUAAUUUGAUUGUUGUCCAUACAUAUGUGAAGUCAUGUUGUCAAUACAUAAAGGGGACCUUCCCCUAAUAAAAGAGCCUUGGA